AUGUCGCCAUUUUGAUUCGAAAAAUAUGACUGAGUUUUUCCUGCCUUGCAUGCUAAAGUUAGCCUCGCGUUUGAAUUACUUUGUGCGUGAGUACAGAUCAUACACUUUCGAUCUGAAAUAACAGGUAUUACUGUUAAUGUCAAGUAGCGAUCGACGUCGGGAAACUCCUUAUUUGACAGACUUCAGAGCAACAUUUGGCUAACGUUAGCUAAGUUGAGCUAGCUAACAGUAGCCAGUGUUGUCGCAGGCUGACCCCUUGUUCAAAACAAAUCACUAUUCGCUCACAGGCUAAUGUAUGUUAGCUAACACAGAUAGCUAACAGUUAGCGGUGUAGCCAGUGACUUAAUAGCUGUUACUUGACGCAAAACUCCACCAACAAUCUACUGCAGACGGGAAGAAUAGCAGCGGACUUUCAUCAAAGGUUAUGGUGAGCCUCUCUGCGUCUCAUCUCCUAAAGAGGCCUGCUUUUUAAGAGGAGACCCAUGCUGAUAAAUGCCAGGCCUCGCCACACACUCUGUCGUCUGCACAAACACAAAUGCCUGCCUGCCCGUGGGGGAGGUCUGAUUAAAGAUAUCCACAUUUCAUCCACUGGGCUGUGUCCCCCGUCCCAGCGGCAACCAUGUUUUGGAAGUUCGACCUGCACACCACCUCCCACAUCGACCAGCUGCUGGACAGGGAGGACGUGACGCUGAGAGAGCUGAUGGAGGAGGAUGACGUCCUGCAGGAGUGCAAGGCCCAAAACCGUCGACUGCUCCUCUUCCUCUCCCAGGACCACUGCAUGCAGGAGCUGGUCAGCCUCAUCACCACAGAGCCGCCUGCUGACCUGGAAGAGAGAAGCCGCUUUAAAUUCCCCAACAUUGCUUGUGAGCUCCUGACAUCAGAUGUGUCCAUUAUAAAUGAUAAGCUGGGCGGGGACGAGUCUCUCCUCGAGGUGCUCUACCACUUCUUGGAGCAGGACCCGCCUCUCAACCCGUUACUUGCCAGCUUUUUCAGCAAAACUAUCGGCAAUCUCAUUGCCAGGAAGACCGAACAGGUGAUUACCUUUCUAAAGAAAAAGGAAGGCUUCAUUGGUCUGGUGCUGAAACAUAUUGAUGCCUCUGCCAUGAUGGACCUGCUGCUUCGCCUCAUCAGUUGUGUGGAGCCUGCCCCCUUGAGACAGGAAGUCCUCCAUUGGCUGAAUGAGGAAAAGUUGGUACAGAGACUCACAGAGCUCAUCCAUACUGGUAAAGAUGAGGAGAGACAAUCAAACGCGUCCCAAACGCUUUGUGACAUCAUCCGCCUUAGUCGAGACCAGGCCAAUCAGAUGCAGGAGAAUGUGGAGGCUGACCCACUAUUGGCUGUGCUAGAGUCGCAGGAGAGUGUUGCGGGACUCCUCAAGAACUUGUUUGAGGGGGAGAGGAGCGAGGCCUCCAUCGUUAACGGAACUCAAGUGCUACUUACCUUACUGGAGACCAGGAGGUCUGGGUUGGAAGGGCUGAUGGAUCUGUAUUCUCAGGGUUAUGAAAGGUCUUACACUGUCAACAGCAGUAUUUUAAAUGCCAUUGAGCCCCAUUUAAAGGACUUCCAGCAGCUUCUUCUGGAACCCCCCAAGAAAAGUGCAAUAUUGACGACCGUUGGCGUUCUGGAGCAGCCACUGGGGAACGCCCGCCUUCACGUGGCCCGGCUGGUGGCCGCCCUACUGCAGACCAAUGCCCCCAGUAUCUGCCAGGAGCUCUGCAAUCUUACCACCAUGGACCUACUACUGGAUCUGUUCUUCAAGUACUCCUGGAAUAAUUUUUUGCACUUCCAAGUGGAGCUGUGUGUGGCGGCUAUCCUGAACCACCCUUCCUCAGAGGAGCGGCCCAACCCAGUCCUCCAGAACCACGACGGGAAGCCUGCAGCGUCUAACCCUGAGGCGCAGGGGGAGGCAGUGGACACAGGCAGGACCAUUGACCCACAGACCUCCAUCCACAAUGCCCUCGUGGCACAUCUCUUCCAGAAGUGUCGACUGGUACAGAGGAUCCUCGACGCCUGGGAGGAGAAUGAUAGAAUACAGGCUGAGGGCGGCACCAGGAGAGGCAACAUGGGUCAUCUGACCAGAAUCGCCAACAUGGUGGUUCAGAACCUGGAGAAAGGACCAGUACAGGCCCAGAUCACUGACCUCAUCAAAGAGCUGCCAGAGGACUGCAGAGGUCGCUGGGAGAGCUUCGUGGACGAGACCCUGAGAGAGACUAACAGGAGGAACACGGUGGAGCUGGUAAGCACCCACAACAUGCACUCGUCCAGUGAGGACGAUGACAUGGAGAACCCCUUCCCGAAUGACCUGUCUCUGCAGCAGGCCUUCUCCGACUAUCAGAUCCAACAGAUGACCGCCAACUUUGUGGAUCAGUUUGGGUUCAACGACGAGGAGUUCAGUGAGCACGAUGAAAAUAUCAAUGCCACGUUUGACAGAAUUGCCGAGAUAAACUUCAAUCUAGAUGCUGAUGAUAAUAGUGCCAACGCAGCUGCUUUUGAAGCCUGCUGUAAAGAGAGGAUACGCCAGUUUGAUGAUGCUGAAGAGGAAGAGGACAUUUGGGAGGAGAAGGAGAUCAACUAUGCAACACAAGCUAAAUCCAGAACAAGGUUCGGUGUGUCCCAAACCUCAGAGGGCAGCUCCAGGAGCAGCAUGGAGAACGGAGGCAGGGAGCAGGACCGCGGGUCUGAGUCGGAUGAGGAUGAAGACUCUGAGCAGAACCCGUCAGAAACAGGUCCAGGCUGGACAGCGAAUUUCAGGGACUCUGGAGGGACUGCAGCAUUCCAAAGCCCAUCGGGGUGGGACAGCUCCUCUGGAAGUGGAGCACAGACACAGGAAACAGGCUGGGCCAACUUCACUGAGUUCCAGCCUUUCUCUGGCACAGAGACUAAUCCCAGGUGCAGCUCUCCUGUGGACUCAGACAGUGCGGAUGCUGAUAAACAAGCCAAACAAAACCACGAGAAAAGUGCAGAUGUUAGCCCCUCUCCUGGUGCUUGGCCAGUGGGAGAAGGGAGGAAGGCUCCUCUCGUGGCCUCGGACAGCAGCUCCUCUGGGGGAUCUGACAGCGAGGAGGAUGACAAAAAUGCCAGCGCUCCUCCCGCCGCAGCCAUAACCUCGGAAACAGCUGGCGCUCCCGGCACCAAGACAGCUGACCUCAAAAGUGAGGAGAGUCCGGUGUCUCUGGAGAAACUCUCUCUGUCAGAUCCUCCCAAAACACCAGAGCAGCCGCCUGCUGAGGAGUCACUCGCUAACACGCAGCCCGACAGGAAAGAGGACACACCACCUCCCCAGGAAGUGUCGGUCAACGGGCCGGUUUGAGCGCGAGCCCACACGGAAAUCCAUCAGUGACGGUGGCCGCGGACUGUCAGCCUCCUCCAGAGUGACUCCCCCCACCCCUAAAAUAACCUCACUGCAACUACGGUGUUUUUACUGAAUCACUCUGCCAUGUUAUUGGACCUGGACACUGCCAAUCAACACCAAUAAUGAGGCGGCGGAACAUGUAAAAAAACAACAACAACAAAAUAUAUAUAUAUAUGAAAAAUAAGAAAAAAAACCCAACAGACAGGACGGAGUAUAGAGGAAUCAUCUUCAAAGCCUUUUUUCCGAUGUUGCACAUAAUAACGUGCGGUUUUAAUGUAGCAGCGACCUUUGAAACGACAGAAUCCGAGGGGGUUUAAACAUUGUCAUUAUUAUUUUUUUAAUGUCCUGAAAGAUUUCUCUCCUACAUGUUCAAAGCUGUUGGACCCCACCCACUGUUAGGGAUUUUACAUGGUCACCCCUGAAUGGAUAGCACAGGCUAACUUUUAACGAUGCCUCAACAAUAAAUACCUGUUUUUGAAAACAAUUUAUUUUUUUUUCUUCAAGCUUAAGAAAAAGCACUUAUGCAGCCAUUUACUGUACAUGAUAGCACAAUGUAAGGUGUUCUACCCUCAUCUCUGCUGGCUGUCUUAUCUGUCCUCUCCCCCAGAUCAAGGUUGUUUGUUUUUUUUUUCUCCCUUUCCAUUUUUUUUUAUCUUUUCUUUUUUGUCUUUGGUUGCUGUUGAUGAAACAUCUGUCGUACGUCACCAGGUUUCUGAAUGUUUUUUUGAAGUGCUUCAGCGGGGUCCGUCGAAGAGGAGGAGGAGGGGCGGGUCAGUGAACAGAGUUCUAAUAGUAUUACUGUCUUUUGCUCAUGUGCAAUAAUAUCAAUUAGCCAUUUUAUUUAAAAAUGAAAUUCAUUUUUCUUUUUGUUUUAUAUUUUAAAGAAUCAACAUUGGAGACUCAUUUGGUGUCAUUUUUGAGCAAACAAAUUUGGAUUUAAUCUCAACUUGAAGUUUCUGAUUUUUUAAAAAAUUGAAUUUCCUUUCGGUUUUUCUUCGUCGUGCAUGUAUAACUGGUUCUCUGUUGACCUAGCUAGUGAGCUAAGACCUUCUGAUUGUAUUGACCUUUAAGUUCUUAUUACUAUCCCCCUUAAAUCAACCAAACAUUAUCUACCUAUAUACAAAUAUUAUCUACAUUUAAAAAUAAUUUUACAAGCAAUCUUGAGAUUACUAUUGUUGUCUGUUCCUUUUUUUUCUCUCGCUCUCUCUCUCUCUCUCCACCAAGCACUUACAGGGCGAGAGUGGCAUCUUUUAAGAGUGAUGCUGUAUGUUUUGUUUUUUUGUUUUUUUUUUUUUAAGUUUAAUUUUAUUUCUCUGAGCAGCAGGAUUGGAAAGAGGGCGGGUCUGGGUUCUGCAGAGCUCCAGGCUUUCUUUUUUGGUGUAUUUACUUAAAUCAUUUGACAGCGAUCAGGUUCUACGAUCAUUGUUUAAAAAAAAAUUGAAAUUAAAAGGGUCUGGUUGACCACAUUAAUACCAAA